AUGCCCGCUGUUGCCUUUGAUUUCCUAGAGACGCUUACAGGCUAUUUUGUGCCAAAAGGCACAUUGUACACAUUUGACAAGGUCAUUGACCGGUUACAUAAGACGUUCAAGAAUCAUUUAACGACGCGCGCGGAAGCAGAAGCGUUCUUUUACUCAUGGCAUUGGGCGGCUUUGCGUGAUUAUUUUGGCACGUCGCACGCUGGGCGGUACUGCCCACUGAUCAAGAUGCUACGCAAUUCGCUCCGUCGGGCGCUCCUUGUUCGAGGUUACCGUAUGCCCAAAGAAUUCGAGGAGAACUAUAUUAUGGCAUCUUUUAAAGAACUGGAGCCGGUCUCUACGGCAGUGGAGUCUCUCGAGUUGCUCAAGGAGAACGGAUGGGAUAUUUGGAUACUGACAAAUGGUGGAUAUCAAAACACGCUGGACUUGUUACAAAAGAGCCAGCUGACCUCGUACAUUGGUGAUAACGUGCUCAGCUGUGACGACCUCAAUAUUUCCAAACCGCAUCCCAAAGUGUACUCGGAACUGAUGCGAAUGGCGGUGCAUCGUACCCAACGAAUAGAAAAUUUUUACAUGGUGGCAACGCAUGCGUGGGAUUUGGCGGGGGCCAAAAAUGUAUCGAUGCGCACGGUGUAUUUGACGACGGAAGAGAAAGUGUAUGUGAAGCAACACGAUGACGAUGGGGGUCCGGAUAUCCAGGGCGAUACCAUGAUUGAAUGCAUCGAAAAGAUGAUUACGCUAGAAAAGACGCGAAAGCAUUUCCUUUAA